GAGAGUUUCUCUUCAUUCGUUCUUUGGUUUUGCUUUUCUUUUAAUAAGAUUCAAGGAAAAAAACCAACAUUAAUAAUCAUUUGGAUCUCAUUAGUACAUCACACAAAAAGAUAUGAGUUUCUGCUGUUUUGAUGCAUUAUUUGCCGGUAUAAAAGAUAAGGUCACUCCUUAUUCUCAAGAAAACACUAAUUAUGAAAACUCACCAGUCAAGAAGAACAUAAAAUUCUUUACUUACAAUGAGUUAAGUUCAGCAACAAAUGAUUUUCAUCCGAGCAAUCGAAUCGGCCGAGGUGGUUUCGGAAUUGUAUACAAGGGAGUUCUCAGGAAUGGAUCAACAAUAGCUGCAAAAGUACUCUCUGCUGAAUCAAAACAAGGAGUUAAUGAGUUUCUGACAGAGAUUAACACAAUUUCGAAUGUUAAGCAUCCGAAUCUUGUUGAGCUCGUCGGUUGCUGUGUUCAAGGAUCGAGUCGGAUUUUGGUUUAUGAAUAUGUUGAAAAUAAUAGUCUCGACCGCGCAUUACUUGGUCCGAAGGGGAACAGAUGUAAAUUGAGUUGGAGCUCAAGGUCUGCAAUUUGUUUGGGAGCAGCAAAAGGGCUUGUAUUUCUGCAUGAAGAGACAAGACCACAUAUUGUGCAUAGAGACAUAAAAGCUAGUAAUAUUCUUCUUGAUCGAAACUUUGUACCGAAGAUCGGAGACUUUGGUUUGGCGAAGCUUUUUCCUGAUAAUGUUACUCAUCUUAGCACACGGAUCGCGGGGACAAUGGGCUAUUUAGCACCCGAAUACGCAAUGCACGGUCAAUUGACUAAGAAAGCCGAUGUAUAUAGUUUCGGUGUCCUCAUACUCGAGAUAAUCAGUGGCAGAAGUACUUCAAAAUCCACACAUUCAGACACAGAACAAGCCCUAUUAGAAUGGACAUGGCAGCUGUAUGAAGAAGAGAAACUGACAGACCUUGUUGAUCCAAACCUUAAAGAGUAUCCAGAGGAGGAUGUUAAGAGGUUCAUCAAAGUAGCUCUUUUCUGCAUACAAGCAGCAACAGCAAGAAGGCCAUCAAUGACUCAGGUUGUGGAGAUGUUGUCAAAGCCAACGAUAAGAAUCAAAGAGAAGGAGCUGACGGCCCCCGGCCUCUGGCACAAGUCUUCGGCAACCAGCACAACAAGUUCAAGCAAGUCACAGGCCAAUGAUACUUCGCCUAUGUUAUCUGUAACUCCAUUGACCGCACCUUCGGUCACAUUGAUGUUAGCCAGGUGACGCAUGUAUAUCACCAGCCAAUAUCAUUGAUUCAA